ACCAGCUCAGGGUUUCUGGACCUAAACACCUCAGCCUUGGCAAUGGCACCCACGACAAGAAAUACAACAAAGAAAACCAUCUCCCGAAGUAUUGACAUCUGGAUCUUGACCCCAAACUGGAUGGUUAUCAUCUUCGGACUAGUCGGGCUGAUAGGAAAUGCCAUUGUGUUCUGGCUCCUGGGCUUCCGCUUGCGCAGGAAUGCCUUCUCAGUCUACAUCCUAAACUUGGCCCUGGCUGACUUCCUCUUCCUCCUCUGUCACACCAUAGAUUCCAUGCUGCUUCUUCUCAAUGUUUUCUACUUCAACAUUAUCUUUCUCCAGUGCUUUAUCACCAUCAUGAUGGUUGUCUACAUCACAGGCUUGAGCAUGCUCAGUGCCAUCAGUGCUGAGCGCUGCCUGUCUGUCCUGUGCCCCAUCUGGUAUCGCUGCCACCGCCCAGAAUGCACAUCAACUGUCAUGUGUGCUGUGAUCUGGGUCCUGUCCCUGUUGAUCUACAUGCUGAAUAGUUAUUUCUGCGGUUCCUUAGUUAACAAAUAUGUAAAUGUCUAUGGGUGUCUGGUUUCGAGCUACUUUAAUACCACAUACCUGACGUUUUUAUUUGUGGUCCUCUGUGUGUCCAGCCUGGCUCUGCUGGCCAGGUUGUUUUGUGGCGCUGGUAGGAUGAAGCUUACCGGAUUGUACAUGACCAUCAUGCUGACCGUUUUGGUUUUUCUCCUCUGCGGGUUGCCCUUUGGCUUACAUUGGUUCCUGUUAUACUUGAUUAGCGAUGUUUAUACUGUAUUUGAGUAUAAACUUUAUGAGGCAUCACGUGUCCUCUCUGUUAUUAACAGCUGUGCCAACCCCAUCAUUUACUUCUUUGUGGGCUCCUUCAGGCAUCGGUUGAAGCACCAGACCCUCAAAAUGGUUCUCCAGAGAGCACUGCAGGACACUCCUGAGACAGCUGAAAACAUGGUGGAGAUGUCAAGAAGCAAAGAAGAGCCAUGAUGAAGAGCCUCUGCCUGGACCUCAGAGAUGGCUUUGGAGUGAGCACUGCCCUGCUGCA